CUUUUUACUGCUAUUUCUGGACGCGCACCAUGUCGUCAGAACCACCGUGUGUGCAAUUUCAGAUUACCAUGUCCUAUAAAACAUGCCGCCCAGGUCAAAGACGGCCUUCAAAAUCCCCUUCCCUCUCCUCUCCAGGCCAACGUAGUGCGAUAUGGUCCUCUCCAAGGUCUGUCUCGCCCCCUGUGGAGAACACGCGCGUCGAUGCUGACUUGCAGCGAUGUAGGGUAUUGAUCCUGAUGUUCUCAUCCAGCAGUCAAAGGUGCGCUGGGAGCGAUGGCCGGCGAGCGUAUAGGGGGCUUAUGCAGUCGACAGGAUAACCAUGCUGUGCAUGGACACAGGAACCAUCUCCACAGCUCGAAUGGGCACCAUUUAGUAAGCCCAUACGGGGCUCGCUACGGCACUGAGACUGUUCCCAAGUUCAGUUUACCCCGCAAGGGAUCCGACGCGAAGGCCGCGUACCAGCUCAUCCAUGAUGAGCUCACGCUCGACGGCUCGCCUGGCUUGAACCUCGCAUCCUUCGUCCACACCUGGAUGCCUGAGGAGGCCAACAAGCUCAUGAUGGAGAACAUAUCGAAGAACUUGAUCGACCAGGACGAAUACCCCAUGACUCAAAAGAUCCACACGCGCUGCAUCUCCAUCCUUGCCAGCCUUUGGAACGCCCCUGACUCGCAUAACGCGAUCGGUACCGCGACGACCGGCUCCUCUGAGGCUAUACAACUUGGUGGCCUUGCGAUGAAGCGCAUCUGGCAAGAGAAGCGCAAGGCGGCGGGCAAGUCCAUCCACGAGCCCGGUCCGAACAUCGUCAUGGGUGCCAACGCCCAGGUCGCACUCGAGAAGUUCGCGAGAUACUUCGAGGUCGAGUGCAGGCUUGUGCCCAUUUCCAAGGAGAGCAGCUACUGCCUCGAUCCCAAGAAGGCGAUGGAGUAUGUCGACGAGAACACUAUUGGUGUCUACGUCAUCCUUGGAAGCACUUACACUGGUCACUACGAGCCUGUGAAGGCGAUGUCUGAUCUUCUCGACGAGUACGAAGCUAGAACUGGCCAUUCCGUCCCCAUCCAUGUUGAUGGUGCCUCCGGCGCUUUCGUUGCGCCUUUCGCCAACCCGAAGCUCCUGUGGGACUUUCGCCUUCCGCGUGUCGUCUCCAUUAACACUUCCGGGCACAAGUUCGGACUGGCAUACGUCGGUGUCGGCUGGGUUGUCUGGAGGGGCAAGGACUUUCUGCCGAAGGACCUCAUCUUCGAGCUGCACUACCUGGGAUCGGUCGAGUAUUCGUUCUCGCUCAACUUCUCGCGUCCGGCGCACCCGAUUAUCGCGCAAUACUUCAACUUCUUGCAUCUCGGGUUCGAGGGUUACAAGGCGAUCACGCUCGACGACAUGAAGAACGCUCGUCUGCUCAGCCGAGCGUUGGAGAACAGUGGCCUGUUUGAGGUUUUGAGCGACAUCCACCGCCCGGUUGAGGGCUUGGCGGCUAGCAUUAAAGGUGCCGUCUCGUUCGACGAGGAGAACAUCGACAAUUACAUACCCGGUCUUUCGGUCGUCGCUUUCCGCUUCUCUGAAGAAUACCGCGCCCAAAAUCCCGACGUGAAGCAGAAAUGGGUGCAGACCCUCCUGCGCGCCAAGGGCUGGAUCGUUCCGAACUACGAGCUCGCCCCCGACCUGGAGAACAUCGAGAUCCUCCGCGUUGUCGUGCGCGAGAGCGUCACGGCCGACAUGAUCGACGGCCUCGUCGGAGACCUUGUGGAGGUCGCCGACCAACUCGCGCAGACAGACUCGCCUGUGCACGCGUUGGCCGCACUCGGGAAUAAACACUCGACUGAGGCGCACCACGGCAAACUCCCCGACGGCCACGGAAGCAAGUCCAACGGUACCUAUGCCAGGACGUGUUAGACUGUGGUGGCUUGGGGCGACGAUCACUAGCUUAUAUCCGCGGGAGGAGUGCCGUGACGAAGCUUGUACGAUUUGUGAACAGAGAUGGUGUAAAAAGGAAGCCUGUAGAAUUAUAUCAAUUAUAACCAUGUGUUUGAAUCUUGCACUGCGUGUCCAAUGUUCUGAAUGUUGAGGGCGCG